UUAAAUAAAAUCUCUGCCUAGCUCUUCUUCGCCAACUCUUUAACUCCAAACGAGCUGGAGUUUUCUCACAUUUUCUCUUCUUCCUCCAUCUUUUUCCAGCCGCCGCCACAUCCGUUCUUCCCGGCGGCCCUUCUUCAUCUGCGCUCCAGUUCGUCGCUCUCUCUCUUGCUCUUUUCAAAAUGGCUUCUCUGCUUAAAGUCUCUGUCAAUGGGUUUCGGUCGGAGAAGUUACCAUCGUUAUCUAAAGGCAACAGAAGACAAGGUAUUGUUGCAAAGAAAGCAGCUUUUGGUUCAAUCCCAGCGGCAAUGUCCUUAUCCAUGUCUACCACAGCCGUCCAACAUAACCAGAAAUCAACUUCCCUGGACCUCGCCAUCCCAAUCAUGGUAAAUAGUUGUACUGGCAAAAUGGGAAAGGCUGUUAUCAAAGCAGCAGAUUCUGCUGGACUUCAUAUUGUUCCUGUGUCUUUUGGUGCUGAGAAGGAGUCUGGGCAAACUAUUGAAAUGUGUGGCAAAGAGAUUCUGGUCCAUGGUCCUUCUGAAAGAGAAAGCAUCCUUGCUUCUGUCUUUCACGAGUAUCCAAACCUGGUCAUGGUAGACUACAGUGUGCCUGCCGCAGUUAAUGAUAAUGCUGAGCUAUAUUCCAAAGUUGGAGUGCCUUUUGUUAUGGGAACCACUGGUGGAGACAGGGAUCGACUGUAUAAGACUGUUGAAGAUUCAAAUGUUUAUGCUGUGAUCUCACCACAAAUGGGGAAACAGGUUGUUGCCUUUCUUGCAGCCAUGGAGAUCAUGGCUGAGCAAUUUCCUGGAGCCUUCUCUGGAUAUUCUCUGCAGGUGAUGGAGUCCCAUCAAGCAAGCAAACUGGACACCUCGGGGACUGCUAAGGCUGUAAUAUCUUGCUUUCAGAAAUUGGGGGUGUCAUUUGAUAUGGAUCAGAUACAAAUGAUCCGCGAUCCCAAGCAGCAGAUCGAGAUGGUAGGAGUUCCAGAAGAGCAUUUGGCUGGUCAUGCUUUUCAUUUGUAUUGUCUAACAUCACCUGAUGAAACGGUUUCAUUUGAGUUUCAGCACAAUGUUUGUGGCAGAUCGAUAUAUGCCGAGGGUACUGUCGAUGCUGUACUUUUCCUUGCUAAGAAGGUCCGCUUUGAGGGGAUAACUGCCACAUGCUCAGCCAAUAAUAGGUUCAGUCAAAGGCCGACAAGCGCAUCUACAAUAUGAUUGACGUCUUGCAGGAAGGUAACAUGCGAUAAUAUGGUGUUUCUAUGCAUUUUGUUGUAUCUCAAGAUGUUUAGGAUUAUGAGACAUAAGGAAGGCAAUUUUGCAUCAAGGGUGUGGGUCUUUUUCGUUCUUUAUAGUUAGUCGUUAGUGUUAGUGUAAGAAGCACAAGAUAAUGAUGUUGAAAGCAUAAUUAUUAAACUGUGGCUAAAGUGAUUGGUAAUGCCACUAAAGCAGGCUUUGAUCGUACCAGGGAUGGGUUUUCUUGCAAAUUUACUGCCCUCCGUUGCACAAGUAGUCAAGUAAUAUUUUUAUCUGAUAUUU